AUGGAAACUCAUGUUGCGCUGCUUCCAAGUGCUGGAAUGGGGCAUUUGAUGCCAUUUCUUCGCCUCGCUUCCAUGUUAGCUUCUCGUAAUUGUAAGGUCACUUUACUCACUGCCCAGCCUGCUGUCUCAGCCGCUGAAUCUAACCAUUUGAAUAGCUUCUUUACCGCUCAUCCACAUAUUCAACGCCUGGAUUUUCAUGUCCUUCCAAUACAGCCAUCGAAUCCUCACCAUGAUCCCUUUUUCCUUCAGUUUGAAGCUAUUAUUCGCUCUGUUCAUCUUCUCCCUCCUCUUCUAUCUUCUUUAUCCCCACCCAUCUCCGCUCUUUUUCUUGACAUUGCUGCUGCAACAUGUGUUGAUCAGCUUUCUGAUGACCCGUCACUGUCCAUAUCUUAUUACAUCUUAAGUACAACUUCUGCUAGAUUCUUUUCUCUUAUUAGCCACCUACCUCACUUGACACUUGAAGACCAUUCCAAAUACAGUAAUAAGAAACUGCAGCUUCCUGGUUUACCCCCAUUUUCAAUAUCGAAUAUUCCUCCUCCUUUGUUCAACCCAGAGAAUCUCUUCACCACCCAAUUGAUCUCAAACAGUCGAGCUAUCUCGAAAGUUAAAGGUAUUGUUUCCAACACGUUCCGUUGGUUUGAGUCAGAGACAAUUGAAGCCCUCAACAGUGGCAAUACCAGUAUUACUCUUCCACAAUUUCUACCCAUUGGACCUUUCAAGCCUUAUGAGGACGAUGGAAAAUGCUGUUCUCUUUCUUGGUUAGAUGAACAACCUGCCAAAUCAGUUGUAUAUGUUAGCUUUGGAAGCAGAACAGCAAUGUCAAAGGACCAAAUAAAAGAACUAGGAGAGGGGUUGUUGAAGACCACGCAAAAGUUCCUUUGGGUAUUAAAAUCCGUCAAAGUGGACAAAGUAGAAGAAACAGGACUAGAAGAAUUACUAGGAAGUUCACUCUUAGGGAGAAUUAAAGAGAAAAGACAGGGAAUGGUUGUUAAAGAAUGGGUGAAACAGGAAGAUAUUUUGGCACAUCCCGCCAUAGGAGGAUUCUUUAGUCACUGUGGAUGGAAUUCUCUAGUGGAAGCAGCUCAGAGAGGAAUGCCCAUGCUGGCUUGGACACUACACGGGGACCAAAGGUUUAACGCGGAAGUGGUGGAAAAGGCAGGGUUGGGGUUGUGGCCAAAAAAUUGGGGUUGGCUGGGCGAGAGAUUAGUAAAGUCGGAAGAGAUUGAGGAGAAGAUUGAAGACUUAAUGCAAGAUCACAAGUUGAGGUCAAUGGCUCAGAAGGUUGGCGAAGAGGCUAUACAGGCUUGGGAAAUUGGUGGUACAUCAGAAAAAGUUCUUGGACAAAUAAUUGAAAUGCUGACGCUCAAAGUUUGAAAGUUUUACAGAGCCACGAAAUGGAAAGUAACCAGUACUAAAGGUUGUUUGGAUGGUUGUUACCUAUUGUAUUGUAUUGUGUUGUGAGUUUAAAUACAAUGUUUGUUUUGAUCGUUAUUUUAAUUUUAUUGUAUCGUAUU